AUGGCUGUCCUGCAGAAGCUACCCCUCACAGUGGCCCUCUGCCUGCUGCUCCUUGCCACACUGUUACCCAGCUCUGAAGCCCGGCGUGGUGGUGGUCGUGGUGGUUUUGGAGGUGGUGGAUUUAACAGAGGUGGUGGCUCCAGCCGGGGCUGGGGCGGUGGGGGUGGCCAGGCCUACAGACCGGUCCAGAGCAGUGGCCCCAGUGCAGGGAAAGUAGCCGGGGCAGCUGCAGCGGGCGCCAUAGGAGGAGCAAUGAUUGGGUCUGCCCUGAGCCGCCCUGGGUAUGGUGGAGGAUAUGGAGGGUAUGGAGGAUAUGGAGGAGGAUAUGGUGGAGGGUACGGUGGAUAUGGAGGGGGGUAUGGCUACCCACAAUAUGGAGUUGGUGGUGGCUACGGCCCCAGGCCUGGCUACGAGCCAGAGGGCUCUGGAGAUAUGGAGUACUACACUGCAGCAUCCAGCGGCCCCAUCUACAACAGUAUCAUCGUUGUCAUCGGCUCCCUGAUGUCCAUGCUGAUGGGCCACUGGGUGGCAGUCAUGUAG